ACCAGUACAAAUAGACGUGCACUCAGAGAAGGCAUAGAAUGACAAGCCCGUGAUGAAUUGUUAGGGCAUGUUGAGUUGGUUCUGUCAAUGCCUGCAGUCAGAUGAUUUCACUGGCUGUACAAGAUGAAAUCUCAUAUUUCAACGUUUAAGUAAAAGUGUCAAAGUUCAGCUGGAGCAGGGACGAAUACAGAACAAAUUUUGUGUGUAUUUGUAACUAGGGCACCAGAGCAAUAGAGGAAGCCAAAAUGAGCCGGAAAAACAAAAGGAGUUUAAAAGAGAAAUUUUCCUUGAAGAACAGCCUGGUUAAAGAAGCCCUCUCAGAGUUCCUGGGAACUUUUAUACUGAUAGCUCUUGGCUGCAGCUGUGUGGGGCAGGCCGUGCUCAGCCGUGGAGAGCACGGGGGGCCCAUGACGGUGUCGGUGGGCUUUGCCAUGGCAGUCACCAUAGCAGUGUACGUGUCUGGGGGGGUUUCUGGUGGUCACAUAAACCCAGCUGUUUCAUUAGCCAUGUGCGUGACUGGAAGAUUAAAAUGGACCAAAUUACCAAUUUACAUAUUAGCACAAUUCCUGGGAGCAUUCAUUGGAGCAGCGGCUGUCUUUGGGAUUUAUUACAAUGCCUUUAUGGAGUAUAGUGAUGGAAAACUUGAAGUCACAGGACCAAAUGCAACUGCACAAAUCUUUGCAACAUAUCCAGCUCCUUAUCUGUCCCUUGUAAAUGGAUUUGCAGAUCAGGUGAUGUCAACAGCUGUUCUUCUUCUGGCUAUAUUUGCUAUUUUUGACACCAAAAAUAACAGCGUACCCAAGGGCCUGGAGCCAAUUGCAAUAGGACUUCUUAUAAUUGUUCUUACUUGCUCUUUGGGAAUGAACAGUGGCUGUGCCAUGAACCCAGCCAGGGAUCUUGGCCCAAGGCUCUUCACAGCCAUUGCGGGAUGGGGGAUGGAAGUAUUCACGGCUGGUAAUAAUUGGUGGUGGGUUCCUAUAGUUGCACCUCUGCUGGGAGGUGUACUCGGAGCAAUGAUCUAUGUAAUUUUUAUUGAAAUUCAUCACUCAGAUCCUCAGUCAGGAGAAGACAAAGAUGUGCAUACUAAAUAUGAAUUGACCAAUAUGGCAUAAGAAGCAAAGAAAUUUGUCUGUCAUUGUGUUGUGGAGUUUUUAUGCAAAUGGUUGUUUGGACCCCUGUAUGAAACCCCUAUGUCUCUAUUAGAAAUUCACCUUUCAAAGCAGAAAUUCUGUACAGAAGUUCAAAACUGAAGUCUUUCCAUGAAACAAUGGGCUGAUCAUAUGCAAAAUUGAUAUCUUGAGUAUGGGAAGGCUAAAUUGUCCUUUUCAUAUGAUUUUUAGUUCAAGUUAUCCAAGAUGCAACUGUAGUGAGAUGAUGCACUGACCUGUUAAUUCAACUCAUAUGAUCUUAAUGACACUAACUACUGAAAAUAGUUGAGAUAUUGAUCCAAAAUUGCAUAGCUAGUUAACAGGUUCAGUGCUGAAUUAAUAUGCAAGAGCAUCACUCACUUGUUGAGAAUGGUUUGCCUAAAUAUUUAAAACAAUAACCAAAUUGGCUAAAUGCUAAUUGAAAUGGUUUUAAAUAACUUUACUAAAGUGUAUGGAGCCACUAUUGAUCAGCAAGAAAUCAACUCCUCAGCGAUUAUGUUUGGUAAUUCACAAUAUGAUCACAAAAGUAAAAACUGCUCGUUGUAAGAUCAGCACCAAAGAGAAAAAGGGUAACUUCUGCACAGGGUCUUCAUAGCAUUAAUGCUUAGUUAUUUUUAGAUUAUUUACUUGACCUUUAUGCUACCCAAUAUUAAAAGCCUUAUGUAGAAUACUAAUCUGAAUCUCUUCCGCUGUGCUUUCUGAAUACAAUUCAUUCCUGUGGAGAUGGCCCAGCAAGAGACUGAUGCUGUGCAGAGGUCAGCACAAAGCCUGUGUCUGUAUAAGCUUUAAAGAGUUCUGGUGCUGCUGAUUUAUAUUGGUGGGUUUCAUCUGCAUUGUGGGAGCAAUUUUUAAUGUGGUAGCAGUAAGUAAAAUUAGAAACUGGUCUCAGAGCUAGUCCCAGAUCUGAAUUCCCCAAGGAAGGUUAGAUACACAUCAGAGUUCUGGGUGAGUUACUUCUCACUAAAGAAUAAUGGUUGGACCCAUAUCCCUUCCUAAAUAUCCAGCCUUGAAAAUGAAACUAUUUCUGCUUAAUCAUUGUGAAUUGAAUGUAUUCAGUUAAAGCAAAAUUUAUUUCUAUUAUGUAUACAUCUAUCCAUGGUUGGUGGUGGUGGUCAUGAAUAAACAGACAUCCAAUUCAGCAAUGCUCCUGAGCUACUUUCAUGGCUAAACUUCAGAGCAUCAUUCAAUUCACUCAUUUCAGGGUGCUCUUCCCUUUGGAUUCCUAGAACUCUAUUCUCUCAAAUUCCACACUGCAUUCCUGAUUGCACUCCUGAAGUGAGAAGCCCUCUUUGCUGUCACUAAUAGCCUGUGCACUUCCGUGCAGUAUCUGCAGAAGAUGUUCACAAAAUACCGUGGUCAGAACCUGCCUCAGCAUUUGGGGAAAUCAGGCCUUUGUCACUGCUUGUUUUGAUCACACUCCCUGGGAUGCCAUGCCAAAUUCACAGCAGCAAAGGGAAAGAAAUAGCAGGUCAAGUAAAGCUCUGCAGCUCCAAGUCAGAUAUUGCAGCAUACUUCGGGGAGUAUAAUUCCAAUUUUAAUUAUGUUUUUAAGAAAACUUACAUAACCCUAAUGAACUCAGGCUGCCCAGAGACAUAUCAGCCCUUUGCAAAAUGCUCAUUUAAUUCAGUGGCUCUCUGCUGUGGGCUAAAUUCUGCUAUAUCCAUGCACAUUUGAUUGCAUCCCUGUAUCACUGGCUAGAGUCUCAGGAAAUGGGGUGCCAAUGCAGUCGCAGACGAUCCUUUGUUUUACCCCACCAUUGCAGUGAGUGCUGUCUCUCACCCCUUGGCCAUCCCAGGGCAUGAGCACUCCCAGGUGGCUGCCAACCAUCUAUGUCUGCAGAAGGAUUACAGAGGUAGAACCAGCCUGAGGGCCGCCCUCUGCUCUGAAAAGCACUUGCUCUUCCACUGACAGCUAAUUAACCAGAAGUAACCAAUUUUAUCCAGAAUGGUAGGGGCAGGUUAUCACUUGUCUUACAAUUUUGCAUAGUCAGGUAGGCUCCAUAUGCAUCACUAUAUUGCUUCUUCAAUCCACCAUGGAAAACAUGGGAAAAAGGAGAAUACAGGUCAGGAAUGAGAAAAGGGCAGUUUAUUUAUACAGCCUACUCAGGAACUAGCCCACACUUGCUGUAUGCCUGUUCAUUGGCCAAGGUACAUAAAGUUGUUCAUUUUCUCAAAAUGCUUUUGAUCACAACAUGUUCUGUCUAUAAAACAUAAAACCUUGUUUUUCCUAUUCAUGCCAUUCCUAUGCACAGAAUUUCUGUAUGAGUGGCAUUUACUUGCCUGAAGUUGUUAACAUGCAAAUCUUAAGCAGUGACACACUAGUGUGAUAGCAUAACAAUGUCUUAAAUAUGCUCUCAAAUUGUUGUCAAUUCUGUGUUUCCUUAAAUAAUUUAAAUUUUAAUUAAUCAUUCAAAAUUAAUAUUUUGCAAAUUCUUUGGGAACACAUGGUAUUAGUAUCACAAUUAAUCCUGGAUUCACAAAAGCCAGAACUUCAUUAACAAGAUGUUAUAGACCUGUCUCUGAUGACAAUUCAAAUUUCAAGGAAUCAAUUCCUGCUCUCAGGAAAAACCUCAGCUGAUUAUUUACUACAAAACCAUGACCAGUAUCUCCAUAAUGUAAUGGGAACAAUAACAAUCACCUCAUUCCAUAAACUUACACAGACAUUAGCUGUUUUAUAAGAAACAAAACAGUAUUUUGACUUUGUAUGAACUGUGCAAUUUCCUAAUAUAAACUGAUAUUCAGUGGUCACACUUUUAUGUUAAACUAGUAAUAAUAACAGCUGGCAACAAAUUUUCUGAAAGAUGUUUUGACUAAUGAGUUAAUAGUAAUCAGUCUGGAUUUUAAUGUUGAAAGAAAUUAAUUUCAGGGUAUUGUUCAACUUUCAUUUUGGGUUUGUUCUUUUUGGGAGCAAUGUGUUUGUUCUUUAGAGCUAAACUUAGUACUGAGUUAAAAGUUGGCUACUGCAUGCUGUUUUAUUGAAGUCAGUGAAAUUAUUCACAAUGGGUGGCAAUACAGGCAAGGAUAAGUGAUCAGAGAACUGAGCUCAGAGUAUGGCAGAUAUUUUACUUUCUUGGAGUUUUGUCUGUGGAUCUGGAUGUUCAAAUAUUGUGGUUCAAAAUAAAUACAGUCAAUUCCUAAUAAA